GCCAAACCCCUUUUGCCGCCAAAAAGAAAUUGCUAUUUUUUAUUUACAAAACAGCACGCUUAAAAACUAAAGACGACGAAUGGACGUGGAAUUAAAGCAGCAGUUCGACGAGAUGGGCGUGGAGCCAGCGGACUCCGUGCUGGACAGGUGCGUGGAGCUGGCCCUUUCGUACGGCGUUCAUGACGCCACCGAGUUUGUGGAGCAGUGGAUGGCCUUCAGUCUGUCGCACCUCCACGGCGAGGAUCCUGCGCUGGAGAACCUGGGCGACUUCGAGCGCAAGGUGCUGCAGCUGCGCAAGGACAAGAUGGGCUCCAAGGCUUCCGCGGUGAAGGCCAAGUCCUAUGCUCCCUCCUCCAUUCAGGACACGAGCUCGUUGGCCAGCUAUGGCGUCAUGGAGGACGAUCCCAUGAUAGACGACUAUGUCGGGGAAUCAACGAUGGACACCUCAUCCGCCCUGCACACACCAAAGGCAAAAAAGGGAAUCAAGGGUGGCGUGCUCUUCAGCCCGGCCAGCUACACGCCCCAGUCCGCCAAAAGAAAUGCAGCGGCGGGAACACCAACCACCUCAGUGGCCGGCAAACCAGGCGACGUUGUAGACUCCUUCGGACACCCCAAACUCUUGGCCAGCUCCAGCUGGCAGUCGCAAAUGGAGCACACAGUGCCUGUAACCCAGAAAUUGCUACACAAAAACGCCCCGCUCACCAUUGCCAAUCUGGGCUACAUGAACGACCUUCUGGGCGAACGAUGUGACGACCUGCACGACCGGGUCGAGGAUACAGGACGGGCGCUGGUGGACAAGAAGCUGGGAGAAGCAGCUGCCGCCGAGUGCAGUUGGUAUCCGCAGGAUAAGCAGGCUCUGCAGGCGGCAGGCGGACUUCACGCUGUGGGAAUGAUCCACUCGGAGGACGAUGGCCCACUGGACGCCCAUUCCGCCUUUCUGGUCGUCAUCGAUGACGACACGGAUGAGGUUAAGGACACCAAUCUGGCGCUAAACUUCUCCAGAAUCAAAUCGGCCAGCAUAUUCCCCGGACAGGUGGUGCUCGCCAAGGGAUUCAUACCCAAGGGCAAGACCUUCGUGGUGGAGGAGCUUCACACAGAGCGCAAACUGACACCAGUCACUCCCCUUAAAGUCGACCGAGAGCUGCAGUUCGUGGUUGCCGCUGGACCCUUCACAGACAGCACGGAUCUGUUUUACGAACCGCUGCACGACCUGCUCAAGUACAUCAAGGAGCACCGACCAGAUGUGCUGGUGCUCACAGGUCCCUUUCUGGAUGCAGACAACAAGAUGGUCGGCGAAUUGGCCGAGACCUUUGAUUCCUUUUUCGAGAAGAUGAUCGGUGGAAUAAUGGAAGCGGUUGGGAGCCACACGGCCGUGCUGGUGGUCAGCAGUCAGAAGGACGCCAUGUCGCACUCGGUGUAUCCCACGCCGCCACCCGCUAUCCGCAGAACCUAUCCCAAUCUACACAUGCUGCCCGAUCCCUCACUGGUUGAUCUGGAUGGUAUCACGCUGGGCGUCACCUCCACCGACGUGGUGGAUCAUUUGCUUAGCCACGAGUUCGCUGCAAAUGCUGGCGAGCGGAUGCACAGGGCCAUCAACCACUUGUUCCACCAGGGCUCCUUCUAUCCCUUGUAUCCGCCGGCGGACGAGGACAUGGCCUACGAUUCGCAGCUGGCCCUGAAAUACGCCCAGCUCAAGCAGCUGCCAAAUGUACUGAUCCUGCCCGGCGAUCAGCGGCACUUCAUCCGCCUGGUCAACGAUUGCCUAGUGAUCAAUCCUGGUCGGCUGUCGGACAAGAAGGGCGGCACAUUCGCCAGGUUCCUGGUGGCCCCUUCAGCUCCCGGUAAGGCGGCCAACAUGUUCAACAGUGUGGCGUGCCAAGUCCAACGGAUCUGAUGUAUAGAUAGCAAAACAGAGAUUACCAGGCAAGUGUCCACAUACCAGACCUGAUUAAUCAAUGGAUUUGUAAUGAUAAUGACUAAGAUAUAGGGCAAUAUCUUAGCAUUAUAAUUAUGUUUUCAGUAUCAUUAAGAAGGGUUAUGAAAUAAGAACUAUUUUAAUUAUUACACAUAAUAAUAAAUGUUAUUUUUACUAUUAUUAAA